UAAAGCGACCAAUGUGGUGGCUCGGGUGACGUAGCGAGCUGCAGCGACCAAUCAGAACUCUCCGUGUAGAAACUUUGAAGUUUCUCCGGUCUCCGGCUUGUUUAGUGCGCAUGUGCUCUUUGAGCGUAUCUAACUUUGUGCGCAUGCGUUCGUUAAAUAAAAGUAGCGUGAGUGUUUUAACGUGAGUUCCUGAGCGGACCGGCAGACCGGACCGUCUUCUCUCCGUUUCUCCGGUUUGUGUUCAGCGAAGAAGAAUCAAACAGGCUCGUUUGUUUCCUCCUUCAUUGAUCUGCAGAGCAGGAAGUUGUCAGAGUGCAUGAGCAGAGUUUCCACAGUUUGCGGACAGUGACGGACUGAAGGAAAGACACCACGUGGAGUCCGCAGAGAUGCCCGCCCGGAUGGAUGAUGUCAUGCGUUUGUGCUGUGAAGUAUCGGCUCACGAGGAGAUCAAGGUCGCCGUGAAGAACUCCACCAAAGGGGCGAUGGUGGCGGGAGGAUCUGCGUUUGUGGGCGGGCUGCUCGGCGGACCUCCGGGGAUCGCUGUCGGCGGCGCCGUCGGCGGUCUCCUGGGCAGCUGGCUGACCAGCGGGCAGUUCAGACCUCUGCCUCAGAUCCUGAUGGAGCUGCCUCCCCCGCAACAGAAGCAGCUCUACGAGUCCAUCGUGGCCGUCUUAGGGAACCUGGACUGGACGGACGCGGCCCAGCUCGUCUCGCUCGUGAUGGGGAACUCCACCCUCCAGCAGCAGGUCGCCGCAGCCUUAAUUAGCUACGUCACCAAGGAGCUGAGAGCCGAGGUGCGCUACAAGGACUGAGGGAUGGUUCCACGUGGACCUGACCUUUGAACUGAAUCACGGACGUCUCACAGCUCACACAGACGGAGUUCUCAGUAAUGUUUGUGCAGCACUGAUGUCUUUGUUACUUUGGCUUUUUUAAUCCCUGAACGGACCAGCGUGUAAUUUAAUCUGGAUUAGAAAAUCUGCUCAUUCCCACACUCUGCAUCAGGGUUUUUUUGGAGUGCUCCUGCUCUCAGAUUUCAAGCUUUUCAUUCAAUAUUUGUUCUGCAGCUUUGAUGACUGACAGCUCAGUGAUGACCUCAGUUGGUACGCUGUAAGAUGAUUAAACUCCCCCCGAAGGCCGAGGGCUGGUACUACACCUCUGAUGUUUUAUCAUGUUUUUACUACAGCGUGUUAUGACAUCAUUGCAUGGACGUUGCGUUGGAAAAAUAAAAACUGUGUUGUACAGCUCUCUAUGUUGACUUUCACAUGACGUAUUUCUCAUACUACUUAUUUAAUCUCUGUCUCUCUUCCACAGCAUGUCUUUAUCCUGUCUUCCUUCUCUCUCCCCAACCAAUCACAGCAGAUGGCCCCGCCCCUCCCUGAGCCUGGUUCUGCUGGAGGUUUCUUCCUGUUAAAAGGGAGUUUUUCCUUCCUGCUGUCACCAAAGUGCUUGCUCAUAGGGGGUCAUAUGAUUGUUGGUGUUUCUCUGUAUGUAUUAUUGUAGGGUCUACCUUACAAUAUAAAGCAGGGGUAGGCAACUCCAGGCCUCGAGGGCCGGUGUCCUGCAGGUUUUAGAUCUCACCCUGGCUCAACACACCUGAAUCAAAUGAUUAGUUCAUUACCAGGCCUCUGGAGAACUUCAGGAAAUGCCAAGGAGUCAUUUAGCCCUUUAAAUCAGCUGUGAUGGAUCAUGGACACAUCUAAAACCUCCAGGACACCGGCACUUGAGGCCUGGAGUUGCCUACCCCUGAUAUAAAGCACCUUGAGGUGACUGUUGUUGUGAUCUGUAUAAAUAAAAUGGAAUUGAAAGGUCAACAUUGACCUUGGCCUUUAAGGUCAAAUGCUUAGCCAACCUU